UGUUGCUGGGACUUUUCAUAAUAAUUACAGAUGGAAUAUUAGUAUUGAACACCUAAUGAUUUAAUUUUUAGAAUUUACUGGAAAUAAUUAAGGUAAUUUGUGAAAUGGUACACCAGACAUAUUCUAGUUAAUUGCUGCUAGGCUUAGUAGCUGUUAUCCGGAUAUUGGAGACAGUUUAGGUGCAAGGUUUUAAUCCUAUUCCAGUACGGAACAAGGGUUAAUUCAUAUAAGGAAUAAUUAUCAACGGAAUUAAGACAAUGCUGGAAAAAGUAUAUUCGAAAUGAGACAAGAGCGAUUUUCAAGGACUUCUCUUCGCGAUUCUAUGAGAUCCAGAUCAAAACAAUCCCCGCCAUCGGACCCUGAUAAUGUUGGAACUCCGGACAUCAUCGCGUCUGUAGAUGUUGGUUCGACGUAUUCUGGUUAUGCUUUCGCCAUCACAAAAGAUCUGGACGAAGAUCGUCACAGUAUUCAUGUCAAUAAGGAAUGGAUAUCCGGAAACGCCAAAUUAAUCACAUACAAGGCACCAAGUUGUGUUUUAUUUACUCCGGAAAAAAGACUACAUUCUUUUGGAUACGAAGCUGAGUAUAAAUAUGGACAGCUAGCUCUGGAUAAAGUACAUACAUCAUGGUAUUAUUUUCGGAGAUUUAAGAUUCCAGUUUUAGAGGAUGAGACUCUAAGCACUGCCACCAAUAUAAAAGAUGAUUCAGGUAAACCUCUCCGAGCCGCUGCAGUAUUUUGUGGAAUACUAAAGUACCUACGGUCACACUUGAUUGACGCUUUAGCCGGAAUCCUUAAAGUCUCCAACUCUGAUUGGAUAGUUGAAAAAUUCCAUAUACGAUGGGUCUUGACACAUCCAGCAACGUGGACAGACAAUGGGCAACACUUUCUAAAAGUCGCUGCCAAGCAGGCAGGAAUUGCAGACGUGAUACUGGUACCAGAACCAGUUGCAGCUUCAUUUUAUUGUCAGAUUAUGCCCCUCCACAGAAUUAACACGAGAAAUGGCGAGAUUAUAUGUUUACAAAGGACAGGGAUGCAGUAUUUACUGUUGGAUUUGGGAGGGGGGACAGUCGAUUCUACUGUAAUGGAACUUGAUGAAAACAACGAAUUAAAACAGAAACAGAGAAGUUGUGGAGCGGUUUUUGGUGGAAUUAGGGUAGAUGGCGCUUUUGUCGAAUUUUUAAUGAAGUUGAUAGGUUUUGAUAUCAUGGACAAGUUCUUCCUAACUUGCAAACAGGAACUUUUAAACCUCCAGAAAGAUUUUGAGAUUAAAAAAAGAACUUUUAAUCCUGCAAACGGACAAAGCAUUGUUAUCAAACUACCGCCCAUGGUACGGAAAAUUUACGAAGUAAACUAUAAACAACAACUGCAAUUAAAAGUAGAAAAUUCCGAGUACGGCGAGCUGGUUAAGCUUGUUGGAGAUAACUUGCAUAUUGAUGUUGAGAUAGUUGAAAGUUUCUACACAGUUGUGGCCGAGCAGAUUACUUCACAUUUAGUAAAAAUCUUAUACGCCGGUACAGCAAAAGACAUCAAAACACUUGUUCUUGCUGGAGGAUUUGCAAAUUCCGUCAUUGUCCAGAACGCCAUUCGGAAGAAGUUUCCGGAUAUUACAAUCCUGAUGCCGACCGAUCCGGAACUUUCUGUCAUGCAAGGCGGAGUAUUAUACGGUUAUGAAUCUAACCCAAUUCUUUAUAUGAAGGCGAAAUAUUCUUACGGUACUGCUAUUGCCAUGCCUUACAAUGUGCAUGAACAUAAUGACGACAAAAAGUUCUCAGCAGAUGGCGUUCCGUUAUGUGCAGACCUGUUUCAUAGGUAUAUCGAAGUAGGAGAAGAAAUUCGAAUUGGAGAAUUUGUCAGAACUGGGGCAAUAUUUAUCAAUCGCAAAGACCAGCGUUAUCUUAGUGUGCCGAUUUACUUAUCCACAGUUGCUUCCCCUUUAUACACUUCCGACAAUGCAUGUCAUUAUCUCGGACGAAUUCGGAUUACGCUAGUGUCAAAUCGAAAAGAAAAUUCUCAAAUAACAAUCAAGAUGGCAUUGACAUACACAGAAUUAAUAGUCGAAGUAACGGACGAAGGAAGUGGGAGAACCGUUAGGGAUGUAUUUUUAGAUUCUCCCGUUGACUGAGUCGGUGAAUUGAUGAAGAUCGUCUUUUAUUGAUUAAAAGCGUUUCAAUCGUUUUCGUUUUUCAGGAAAAUAACCAAAUUUUCAACCAAAUGAAUGAUGUUCGAUUGUUUUUGUCAUUUGCUUCAAGCAAUCAGAAACGAGGUGUUGCCUAUAAAGUAAUGAAACAAAAAGUGAAAGACAGACGCUAACUGAAACAACAAUGUAAAUCUAUGAAACAAGACUAAUUCCAGAAAUGAUUUUCGUCUAAAAAAAUUCAAUUGGACAAUUGAACUUGAUCUUAUACAAGCUUUUAUUUAAAUCAUAACGUGCACGGGUUACAUGUUUUUUUUUUAUUUCCCGAGUCACACACAUAUAAAAUAUAUUUCUCUCUUAUAAUUAAUUUGAUCACUUAAUAAUUCGAGAAAACCGUUAAGUGAGCUAUUUGUGAUUUCUUUGUCGCCUAUAUGUUGAAUUACUGUCUACUUUAUGGAUCGAAUUUAACGAUUUAUUAUUAUAUUCUAUUUAUAGGUGUUAAAAAGUAAACGAGUACACCCAUGCUCAAAGUGUUUUCAAAUACUGUUGACACUAAUUUGCAGGUAACAUUGAGAGAUAUCACGGUUCGUGCUUCCAGACAGUAUGUGUGUUUCCUCUUUACUAAAUUGUGAUUGGUCAAUGAAAAGGAAGUGCGCUAAAUACUAAAUUGUGAUUGGCCAAUGAAAUAGAAAUACGAAAAACUCUAAAAUUGUGAUUGGUCAAUCAUUGAAUGAAAAGGAAAUACGCAAAAUACUGAAUUGCAUGUGAUUAACUGAUGAAAAAGAAAAUACACUUUCUUGUAAAUUAUUUAUGUGUAUAACUAUUUAGUAUUUUAUACAGCUUGUAAAUGUUCAAUUGUUGUUAACUUUUUCAAACUUUGCGUCGAGCUUUCAAUUUACUGUAUAUCGCCUCCCUUUGUUAUGUUUUAAUUUAAAUUAAAUCUAUUUUCCAUA